GUUCAAAUAUAUAUAUAUUUUUUUCCAGCAAAAACUGCUAUAUAUCCUGGCUCCUCCCUUACCUCUUUGGAGCAGUUCCUCAGAGCUGAGAGGAUAGUCCUCAGUAAGCUCCUGGAAUAAAACUCAGCUCGGAACUUUUAGGUUGUACGUUUUCUUCAAUUGGACAAAAUCUUUGUUCUUCUCCUUACUAGCAAGUGCCCUCUGAGAUUUUCCUCAUCAGUAGAACCAGGAUGAUAAUCAUCAUUUCACACAUGGUAGCAAAAAAUAAAUACGUUGAACGUGUAAUAUGUUGGGCAUGGUACCUGCGCACAGGAAACGCUAACGUUAAUUCCCUUCCCCAAAGGGCAAGGAGGGAGUUACCCACUAUCGCAAGAGAAGGCUCCUCUGAGAAAGCCAGGAAAGGAGACCCAGGGAUAUUCCAGCCCCGGGUUGGCCAGAGUGGCUCCGUCGCUCAAAUCCUUCCCUCCCUCGGCUAGGCUGCGCCUCCAAGAAACAGAGGACCAUUACUGAUCCCAGGCGGGGUCGCCCCUUCCCGCCUCCAGACUCCCGGGCAGUCACCCGACAUCGAGGGUCCAACUUUCUGCCCUUACGCUUCCGUUGGCUUCGUUCAAACAGGCCGCUUUUGGCAAUACCCAAUCAGAAUACUCGAUCUUAGGCCACCGCCCAAUGACCGCGUGGAAUAGGGGGGAAAAGGGCGUGAAGCCCAAUCGCAGCGCCAUCACACUUGAGGGCAAAAAGGUUAGGGAGCCGGCAUGGCGCUCCGGUCAAUAAAAUCGAUAGCUGGAAGCUGCUUGUGUUUCAGGCAAAGGCGGUGCAGUAGCGGGGCCGCCAUUUUCCCUGAAGGCAUCUUCCGGUGCCUUUCACCCAAGUUCGGGCAGGAGUUUCCUGAAUAACAGCGAAAGGUUUCCGUUAACCCCGCCGGCGGCCGAUUCCUGUUCCCUCCUGGUCUCCCCAGGCACGCUCCGCCCGGAUCCGGCUUGGGCUCCCAAGUCCCGGCGCCCGCCAGCGCCCAGCGGCCAAGGCCGGGACAGCCGUGGCGCCGGCUUGUCGGGUCCAAUGGCGCGGCCUUCGGCUCCGCUCCCCGCGCGGGGACCAGGAGAGGCCGGACCCGGCCGGAGAAGGGGAAGGAGGCCGAGGGCGGUGAAGUUCGGGGACGUGGCCGUGUACUUCUCCCCGGAGGAGUGGGAGUGUCUGUGGCCCGCCCAGAGGGCCCUGUACCGGGACGUGAUGCAGGAGACCUACGGCCACCUGGGCGCGCUCGGGUGCGCAGGUCCCAAACCAACCCUCAUCUCCUGGUUGGAACGAAAUACCGAUGAUUGGGAACCGGCUGCUCUGGAUCCACAGGAGUGCCCAAGGAGGGUAACAGUCCAAAGAAAAACCAGAACCAGAAAGAAGAAUGAAAAGAAGGAAGUAUUCCCGCCUAAGGAGGCACCCCGAAAGGGGAAGCGAGGCCGCCGGCCCAGCAAACCCCGCCUGAUCCCCAGGCAAACAUCCGGAGGUCCCAUCUGCCCUGACUGUGGUUGUACCUUUCCCGAUCACCCGGCCCUGCAGAGCCACAAGUGUGCCCAGAAUCUGAAAAAGCCUUACCCUUGCCCAGACUGUGGGCGCCGCUUUUCCUACCCGUCCCUGCUGGUCAGUCACCGGCGGGCACACUCUGGGGAGUGUCCCUACGUUUGUGACCAGUGUGGCAAGCGGUUCUCCCAGCGCAAGAACCUCUCCCAGCACCAGGUUAUCCACACAGGCGAGAAGCCCUACCACUGUCCUGACUGUGGCCGCUGUUUCCGGAGGAGCAGGUCCUUGGCCAAUCAUCGGACCACACACACGGGUGAAAAACCCCACCAGUGCCCCAGCUGCGGGCGUCGCUUCGCCUACCCCUCCCUGCUCGCCAUCCACCAGCGCACACACACCGGAGAGAAGCCCUACACCUGCCUGGAAUGCAGCCGGCGCUUCCGCCAGCGCACCGCCCUGGUCAUCCACCAGCGCAUCCACACGGGCGAGAAGCCCUACCCGUGCCCGGACUGCGAGCGGCGCUUCUCCUCCUCCUCUCGCCUGGUCAGUCACCGGCGGGUGCACUCCGGAGAGCGUCCCUACGCCUGCGAGCACUGCGAGGCCCGCUUCUCCCAGCGCAGCACGCUGCUCCAGCACCAGCUCUUGCACACGGGAGAGAAGCCCUAUCCCUGCCCGGACUGCGGACGUGCCUUCCGGCGGAGCGGUUCCCUCGCCAUACACCGCAGCACGCACACCGAGGAGAAACUGCACGCGUGUGACGACUGUGGCCGCCGCUUCGCCUACCCCUCACUGCUGGCCAGUCACCGGCGCGUCCACUCGGGCGAGCGGCCCUAUGCCUGCGACCUGUGCUCCAAGCGGUUCGCCCAGUGGAGCCACCUGGCUCAGCACCAGCUCCUGCACACUGGGGAGAAGCCCUUCCCCUGCCUCGAGUGUGGCCGUUGCUUCCGCCAGAGGUGGUCUCUGGCCGUCCACAAGUGUAGCCCUGGGGUCCAGAACUGUAGCCCUAGAUCUGCUAUAGGGGUGCCUAGCCAGAAAGGCAACUGGGGGUGUCUGCGGCCCGCGCAGAAGGCCCUGAACCGGGACGUGACGCGGGAGACCUAUGGCUUCCUGGGCGCGCUCGGACUAAACACCGAGGGUGUUUAUUUGUCCCCAUCAGAAUCCCGAAUCCCAAACAGCCAACCCUGCUACUUCGGUUCCCUUCGGCUGAGUUCGGAGGCCAAGACUAGGAGGGGCCCCAGGCUCGGGAGCCCUUCCUGUGGACGACGAGAGCUGAGGCCAGGCGCGGGGAGCAGGCGGCCGCUGCUCUGGGCUGGAGGCCACAUGGCGCCGCCCCCGGCCCCGCUCCUGGUGCUGAGACCAGGGGAGACCGGGCUUGGUUGCAAGAAGCCUGCGGCCAUGAGCUUCGCGGAUGUGGCCGUGUACUUCUCCCCGGAGGAGUGGGGGUGUCUGCGGCCCCCGCAGAGGGCCCUGUACCGGGACGUGAUGCGGGAGACCUACGGCCACCUGGAUGCGCUCGGAUUCCCAGGCCCCAAACCAGCCCUCAUCUCUUGGAUGGAACAGGAGAGUGAGGCUUGGAGCCCCGCCGCCCAGGAUCCUGAGGAGGGGGAAAGCCUGGGAGGAGCUCUGAGAGGAGAUGCCCCAAACAAAAGGGAAGAGGAACCCAAGAUAGGGCCAGGAGCCAAAGGAUCCGAAAAGACUCCUAGGAAGGAGAGGCCUGAAGAGCUGGUUAAAAACAACCUUGACUCAACCAUCAGCAAAACCUCGGCAAGAGCAGAGCCACCCAGCAAAGCUGCCUGUGACCAGAGCGCAGGUGCGCAGCCCCCGGCCCUGGUGCCCAGCGUAGAUGCUCAGGCCAGCCAGCGGCGCCACGUGUGUGCAGACUGCGGCCGCCGCUUCACCUAUCCCUCGCUGCUGGUCAGCCACCGGCGCAUGCAUUCGGGUGAGCGGCCCUUCCCCUGCCCCGAGUGUGGCAUGCGCUUCAAGAGGAAGUUUGCCGUGGAAGCGCACCAGUGGAUCCACCGCUCCUGCUCUGGGGGCCGGCGGGGCCGGAGGCCCGGAAUCCGGGCUGUGCCUCGGGCCCCAGUCCGAGGUGACCGGGACCCGCCGGUGCUGUUCCGGCACUACCCGGACAUCUUUAAAGAGUGCGGGUGAGCGGCUCCCCCUGGCUGGGCUUGAGCCUGACCUCAGCGCUAAGGACUAACUGGGCCCUGAGGGAGGCUCCUGAGUCAGGGAUUUGGGACCCAAAAUUCAUCCCUUGGUUUUCCCUCAAGGAUCCCUCUAGUUUCCAAACCUGUAAAAAUAAAAGUGCCUGUAAAGAUUCAGAGAUUAAACUUGACACCUCCU